AAAUUCCUCCCCAAAAUGUCCUUUCCAAACAGCUCUCCUGCUGCUAAUACCUUUUUAGUAGAUUCUUUGAUCAGUGCCUGUAGAAGUGACAGUUUUUAUUCUAACAGCGCCAGCAUGUAUAUGCCACCUAGCACAGACAUUGGAACUUAUGGAAUGCAAACCUGUGGACUUCUACCGUCUCUGGCUAAAAGAGAAGUUAAUCACCAAAAUAUGGGUAUGAAUGUACAUCCUUAUAUACCUCAAGUAGACAGUUGGACAGAUCCGAAUAGGUCUUGUCGAAUAGAGCAACCUGUUACACAGCAGGUAUCCACUUGUUCCUUUACUACAAAUAUUAAGGAAGAAAGCAAUUGCUGCAUGUAUUCUGAUAAGAGAACAAAACUAAUUUCUUCAGACGUCCCUUCCUACCAGAGGUUGGUCUCUGAAUCAUGUCCCAUUGAAAAUCCUGAGGUUCCUGUCCCAGGAUAUUUUAGACUAAGCCAGACCUACGCCACUGGGAAAACCCAAGAGUACAAUAAUAGUCCUGAAACGAGUUCAACUGUAAUGUUACAGUUAAACCCUCGCGGCAGCUCCAAACCGCAGAUAUCUUCUCAACUUCAGAUGGAAAAGAAAAUGAAUGAAAAUCCGAACAACCAAGACAACUCAGCUAAAGUCUCUCAAGUGGAAAGUCCAGAGCCAAAGUCCACUUUACAAGAUGAAAGGAGCUGCCUGGCUGAAGGCUCUGUGUCCAGCCCAGAAGUACAGGAGAAGGAAAGUAAAGAGGAAAUCAAGUCUGAUACGCCAACAAGCAAUUGGUUAACUGCAAAGAGUGGCAGAAAGAAGAGGUGUCCUUAUACUAAACAUCAAACACUGGAAUUAGAAAAAGAAUUCUUAUUCAAUAUGUAUCUCACUCGAGAGCGCCGCCUAGAGAUCAGUAAGAGCGUAAACCUCACUGACAGGCAGGUCAAGAUUUGGUUUCAAAACCGCAGAAUGAAGCUCAAGAAGAUGAGCAGGGAGAACCGAAUCCGAGAACUGACCGCUAAUCUGACCUUCUCUUAA